AUGAGUGCUAUCACUUCAAAAAAAUCGGUUAACGAUUAUUUAGAAGAACUUCCUCAACAGGUACAAAGUAAAUUAUACGAAUCCCCAGCGGCAUGUCUGUCUAUUUAUAGACUGUUACCGCAUAUGGCCAAGUUUUUCAUUAUGUCGAUGGUAUUCAAUGACAAUGAAAUAUCGAUUCGUGAUUUGGACAGGUGGGUGAACUCUAAUGGUAAAUUGCAAUUCCAGGAUGCUAUUAAGUCUAUGAAGUCAUUACAUAUCUUGAUUCCCGGUAAAGAGCAAGGUUCGAUGUUUGUCAAUUUGAAUUCGACUUUUAGGACAAGUUUUAGAAAUGCAUUGACUGGAGGUGAAGUGAACAAUUCGUUCGGUAAUAUUAUUGACAAGAUAGACGAUCUGGUAGAUUCUAGUGUGCUGUUGGAGUACGCUAAAGAUAAAUGGGAAACAAUUUUGCAUUUCAUGGUGGGUACGCCAUUGAUCAAGAUGCCAUCCGAUAAUGUAUUAAAUCUAUUGAAACAUAGUAAACUGAUGGAAGAAUUAGAGAGUAGCGGUGAAUUUAAGAUCACGAAUGAUGGGUUCCAAUUUCUUCUGCAAGAUGUCAACUCGCAAAUCUGGACGUUGCUAUUGCAAUACCUAAAAAUUGCAGAGGCGUUGCAUAUGAACCCCGUUGAUAUUCUAAAUUUCAUAUUCAUGCUAGGUUCUUUAGAGUUUGGGAAAGCGUACAGUGUUGAAGGAUUGAGUGACACACAGAAGAAGAUGCUGAAAGACAUGAGAGAUUACGGUUUAAUUUUCCAAAAGACCUCCAAUGCUACUGUAUUUUAUCCAACAACCUUAGCCACACAACUGACCUCGGACUCCAGUACUGUGCGGAGUGCCUCCGGUGCCAUCGACAGUCUGUUAUCGCAGACGAAGGAAGCCAACAACAACGACUCGCAAAACCUCGGAACCGACACCGACGACCUAGUGGGGAACCAAAGCGUCGAAGUCGGCGCACUGGUGGUGGAGACAAACUUCAAACUGUACUCGUACUCAAACUCACCUCUGCAGAUUGCGAUCUUGAGCUUGUUUGUGCACUUGCGCACGAGGUUUUCCAACAUGGUCACCGGCCAAAUUACCCGUGAGUCCAUCAGAAACGCGCUUGCCAACGGGGUGACGGCGGACCAGAUCAUCGCGUACUUGCAAUCGCACGCGCACCCACAGAUGCGUAGAUUAGCAGAGACGACGUUGAAGAAGAAGCUGGAACUGGACCCAAACACAAAAGACCAACUCCAAAUCCUUCCCCCCACCGUAGUGGAUCAAAUCAAGCUAUGGCAACUGGAAUUGGACAGAAUACUGAGCUACGACGGCUCGCUGUACUCGGACUUCGACAACAACCAAGAAUACAACAUGCUAUACAACUAUGCCAAGGACAUCGGCGUACUGUUAUGGAAGAACGAUAGAAAACGUAAAUUCUUUGUCUCGAAAGAAGGUAAUUCGCAAGUGCUGGACUUUGCAAAGAGAAAACUAAAGAAGAAACAGUGA